AUCACCCUUCCAUACGUCGCUCCGGAAUCGUUUCAGAGUCCUUUUCUUCACUUUUGUCGAUGCAAUAACCCGGAGUCCACCUUGGCUCCGUUCGUGGUCGUUUCGUUAUUGUUUUGUCUUUGUAUUCAGAUUUAACUACUCCCUCGUCAAACUUCCUCCCAACCCGACAUUUCUUCGAGAUCCACGCGCAUACCAAAAACGUCGACAUGUUCUCCAAGAUCUUCAUCUUCUUCGCAGUCCUUGCACUGUUGAUCCAAAUCGUGGUCGCUACCCCCCCUGCCUGCGUUCUCAAGGCAGUCAACGGACCCGACUCUUCUCCUGGUAACGUCAAGGAGAUUUGUGGAAAUGGCAGCAAUGUCAAGCAGGCCCUCGUUAGCGACUGUGGUACCAACUUCGACGCCGCCAUGAGCGCCUUCUCCAGCAUCUGCUCUAGCGCCGGUGUCACCAUCUCCACUUGGGAUGCUGCCCCCUCGUCCACCACUCUGGCCAGCUCUGACAGCGCAGGUACUUCUUCUGCCGCUUCUACUGCCAUGACUACCAGCGACGACAAUUCUGACACACCUGUUACUUCAGCUUUCAACACCGAGUCUACUGCUCAGUCGACCAACAGUGGAAUCAUCACUGCCACUGCAACUGGCUCUCUCACCAGCUCGCAGGCCCCUUCCACAUCUGCUGCUGCCACCUCAUCAGGUGCUACGUCCACUGGAGCCGCCGGACGCACCGAGAUGUGCGCUCUGGCCAUGGGAGCCAUUGCUGCCGGUGUCAUGAUUGCUUUCUAA